UAAUGUCACAACCGUCCGACACUAAACAAUCAAUACAUAGUGGUAGAAUGAUACUACAUCCAUCAUUAAAGUUAGAUAAAUCAGCAGCAUUUUUUAAAAAUACAAAAGUAAGUUCAUGUUCUUAUGUUAAAAUGAACAAAGGAAAUCCUGAAGUAAUAAAUAAUAAUAAUAUAAAAAGGCUAUACCAUUUUAUGAAAUUGCAAAUAAGACUCCAGCAGAACAUGAAACAAAAUCUACAUACAUAACUUCAACAUAUUCGUAUUCCAUUAAUUUUUUAAUUAAAGUGAUGAUUAUAAAGUCAAACCUUAUUUACAUGUUGGUUCAAAUAAUAAAUUAUUAGAACCAUAUAAUACAGGUUCAUUUAGAUCAAGAUUACCAGAACCUGAUGCACCUAUUUUAACUAAAAAUGCAUCUUAAGUAGAAUUAGGAGAGAGACAGUAUAAAAAUUAUUAAAAUUAAUAUAGUUUCAAUGUGAAACGACAUUUUUUAAGUACAGCACAUAAUGUUUAUGGAAAUUUUGGGAAAUUUGGAAAUGUUACAAAUCCAGGUAUUUUAUCAGAGAAAACCAAAUGGCAUCAUCAUUUAUAAUAAAAAUGA